AUGGCGGGCAGCGAUGCGGACGGCGAGGGUCGCGCGCGAAGAAGCAGCGCGCCCCGGCGUCCUGGGGAGCCCUGUGGGCCGGGAGGCGAGACUGCGGCCAGCGGCCCAGAGCCGCUGUCCACUGCUGAAGCGCCGGCCGACGGCGCUGCGCUGCCCGCCUGGAUGCGCCUCUACUUCUACGGGAUGCACGGGAUCACCCUGGACGUGCUCGUGUCCUCGGCUCGGCGCUUCGCUAGCAGCCCGGACCUCCGGAUGCUGGGCUUCUCCUCGCCCUAUCGCUGCCUGCUACACUCGCUCACCCACUUCGCCCUGGAGAAGGUCUACCUGCAGCAGCGGCGCUGCCCCAGCGCCUUCGUCUUCAAUUUUCUCCUCUACCCCUCAGCGCACGUGACACUGCAGACCCUGGCCGGCCAGGCGCUGCUGCUUGGCCUGCGCAGCGGGCCGGGGGGCGCGGCAGUGCCGGGGACACUGGACCUAGCGCUGCAGUACGUGCUCGCUCUCUACCACUGCCAUGUGUUUCUGAACCGCUUCCUGCGCUUGCGGUACCGGCGGCCGCCAGAGCAGCAGCAGCAGCAGCAGCAGCGUGGGCCGGGCGCGCCCCCCGCUCCUCGGGGCGCCGGGACCCCUGUGGUUGCAGGUGGCCCGCGCCACCUACCCCGAGGCGGCAGGGGCGUCGGGGGAGCCCCCAGUCACGGGCUGCCGGGCCUGCUCCGCUUUCUUUUCUUCGGAAUGCACGGCUUUUUGGAUGAGAUCUUCUUCACUUUCUUCUUUAAUUUACUGGGGCAGGGAGAUGGGGUAACCAGCGGCCACACGUCGCUCUGGUCCUUCUUCAUGUACGGCAGCUGCAGUUUCGUGGUGGAAAAGCUCUACUUCCAUCUCCACUGGAGUCGUGGCUGGAGCACUUGGAAGCGGAUACCCAUCUACGUGAUCUUCAUCUACGUUUGGGAGUUGUCCUGGGGUCUGGGACUCCGCAUGUGCGGCGCUUGUUCCUGGGACUAUUCUCACUAUCCGCUCAAUUUCAUGGGCCUCAUCACCCUGAUGUAUUUACCUGGUUGGAUAUUCCUUAGUGUGUACCAGGACCUACUUUUCAACGUGUUAUGGCGGGUGCAGUACAUACCAACUAACUAA